AUGGCUUCAGAUCAUUGGGCUGCGUGUGCGUGUGCGCGGAUUGAGCAAGAUUCGGCUGAGGGGGAGCGAAAAAGAAACCAGGAAGCUGUGAAUACGAAGGUUGAGGGUGGACAGCAGAGGGGUACUGCUUGGCAAGGAAGCAAGGAAGAGCAGGGACGGGGUGACAUGAGACAAAUUCCAAUCAAAAGCGAGACCGGUGAUAUAUGGCGUCAGACGAUCGAAACUAUUCCGAAGGACUCGCUCUACCGUAGCUGUAACAAAGGUGGAAGGUCAUUGGCGAAAUUCCCAGCCGAAUCGCCGCUGGGUGGCGUCUUCGUUGUCAAGGUUGCUGCGGGACAGGUCACUUGCGAAGGAAUCAAGAAGGCCGAUUCGAUUGGCCUUCGAAUUCCUGCUGCGCUAUUGCUGAAGCAAUAA